AUGGCUAGUUCGCAUCGAUUUCAUCCUCUCUCGCCGCAGGAGAUUACUUUGAAUCACCUAGGCCGUCAAAUACAUCAAAGCUCAUAUCCAGGCCACAAUGUGAUAUUUCGCGUAGUUACACAUGCAGAGCCGCCAAAGGCGCAGAUGAUCCGCUUUCUGGAAGCUGAACGAUCUUCCUCAACUCCGGAAGUUAGCGCAGCGCUACCACCCAAAAGGACUGCCCUCGUUCAAUUUUACUUGGGUGAUUCUUUAGAUUUCCGUGAGAUCAGGGUGGACCUAACCAGCGGGGAACGGCUUGACGAAUCGAAAUUGACCGGGAAGCGUUCGUAUAUCGACGGCACGCUAAUGAACGCCUGUGAGGAGGAGUGCCUUGCAGAUAAGGGUGUGCAGGAUGCGAUCAAUCAAUUGGAGUUGCCGGAGAAUGCGGCUGUUGUGGUUGAGGCAUGGACUUAUGGGACGGAUGGGAUGCGGGAUAUGUCGAAGCGGCUGGUUAUGGGCGUAUAUUAUAACCACUUUAUCUCCCUACCCCAAUUUCCUUCUUCGGUUCUAACGCCAUAUCCGCUGGAUCUAUGUGUGGAGAUGACAGAUGACUUGAAGAUGCUUGGGGUUAAGAAGUUUGACAGGUCAAAGAUUCAUGACACCAGCAAGUAUCAUCCUGACCUUGUCUCCGAUAAUUAUCGCACGGGGAAUGCUGUGGUGACCCGCUCCCGAAUCCUAGUUUUGCAGACCAUCAUCACUGCAGGCAACUACGAGUAUAUUUUCGCCUUCCAAUUUACUCAGGAUGCAGCCAUCAACUACGAAGUUCGCGGGCGAUUCAGUCCUUACGGGACCCUCGUGGCGCCGGGUGUCCUGGCUCCCUACCACCAGCACCUAUUCUCCCUGCGCAUUGAUCCAGCCAUAGACGGGUUUGAUGACAUCCUCGUCGUCGAGGACUCCAUUCCCAUGCCCCUGGACAACCCCAAAAUCCACAACUCAUUAGGUAUCGGCUACAUCACUUCCCAAGUAACCGCCCAAGUCGAAAGCACAUUGGACACGGACAUCACCAAGGGUCGUGUGUUCAAAAUCACCAAUGAAAACGUGCGCAACCCGGUCAACAAUGGGCCCGUCGGAUAUAAGCUUGUCCCACAUUAUUCGCAGAUGUUGCUUGCGCACCCGACGUCAUUACACGCCAAGAGAUCGAAGUUUUGCUCGCACCCGCCCUGGUCGCUUGGUGGGGUCGGGAUUGCGUCCUGGAUUAAAUCCCGUGCAUCAAAUGAAUCAGCCGCCAAUGUGCGGAAUCAGGAUAUUGUGCUUUGGCAUACGUUUGGCACGACACACAAUCCGCGCAUUAAGGAUUGGCCAGUCAUGCCAGCGGAAAAGAUGCUUGUGUCAUUGAAGCUGGUGAAUUUCUUUACGGGAAAUCCGGCAGUUGAUGUACCGAUCGGUAUGCAGGAGCAGAAUAUGAGCGUUCUUGUUGACGUUGGGGCCCAUAAGAGUUGCGCCCCGGAUAGCUUGAAAAGAGGGAAGGCGGGAAAAGGAUAG